GUAACACGCUUGAAUGGAAUUCAUUGGCUUGUUGCUUCCAAUACACUGUAGUGAAUAUCAUUAAUUUGUUAGCACGUUUUUGAGUUUUUGGAAUUUACUGGGACCACGCAUAUAAACCUAACGCAAGGCCUGCUAAGAUUUGUGACUGUAAGGACGAUUUGCAUAUAGGCUGGAGGGUAGAAUUAAAAGGAAAGAAAAAAAUCGUUAUCUUGAGUUUAAAUUGUAAUACGAAGAAGCUCGAGGCUUGUAGCAGGUGAUGCGUUAAGUAAAUUGUAGGCGUGGAAGUUUGCUAACUUUGUUCUUUGAUAAACUAGGGCGGUACCGUUCAAUCUUGUACUUGUGCACGAUUAGGAUGAAACCUUUACGUAUUAGGGACACCCAGAAAGAAUUUUGUCACGUGCCCACGAGGGGGCGUUGGAGGGGUCGUAGAGGGUCUCGUGGUCGACCCAGUUACGGCACCACCCGUGCUCAUUCUUGGAAAACCGUUAAGUUUAGUUUCGAAACUGACCCCUCUUGUCGCCACCCUCCGACCACCAGCGCACAAAUCCAAACUUCAAAUCCAUUGCCGGAAAAAUCACCUGAACUCCAAAUAUAUCCUGAGGUUCUUGACUUACGACAAACUACGGAGAAAAACGAUUCGCAAGACUUCAUUUCCAACAUGCCAGAUACAAACCUGAGUGAAGGAGAAAUAUGUGAAAACGUAAGCGUUCAAAAUCGGGACGAAAUGUUUGCUCCUAAUACAAGGCAACAUUGUUCUACGCGACCACUAAAACAAAGAAGAAGUGACAAUGAGGUUCAGAUUAACAAUGUGAACUGGAGGGCGGGAACAUCUGCAGAGGCCUCUUGUAUAAACCUUUCUUUGCAAAACGCUGAAGCUUUUGAAGUAAUGCAACAGCAAGAAGAUGAAGGUUUAUUCGAUGCAAAUGUCGAUUGCUGCUUUAAUGAAGAUAUCUUUUCAAGUCAAGAUGAUCCUGCAAUGAACCGAACGUCCCAGCGAAAGAAAUGUGCAUGGUCUGAGGACCACGGUGUUUUAAGAAGCAACAAGGUCACACGCCAAUGUGAAGACGAGAUGAUACCAAUGCUUGCAAAUGAAUUAGCCGAAACCUUGAAAAACGAGCUUUGUGCAGCGUUUAAUCGAAUUGCGGAAGAUUUUUCGAUACGUGUCAGCAGAGCGCUCUUGGAAUUCCGGAACAGUCCACCACAAGAAGUUGAACACGAAGCGUGGAGUGGACGAGAAAAACUUCGUAAAACAUACAACGAAACGGCAAAAACGACACGCAGCUACACAAAUUUUAAUAACCAGCAUGAAAGGUCGACAAAUGUUGUACAAACAGAGGCAAUAUCCUUGGUCAUGCACGACAAAGUUUCAAGAAAUGAAAAGGUCAAGUCAACCGAAGAUGGGAUUGAAAAAAUGAUUCGCUUUCAGCUGCUUUCUAGCGAAAACUCUGAAGCAAAGCGAAAAAUCUGUUCGUGUAAUGAGAAGAAUACUGAAAUGCUCUUAUGUGAUGAUGCGCACCCCCGUGUGAACUCAGUAUCCAAGUAUCCGAAUCAACCGAUCUAUAAUGAAUACCGUUUAGCCAAUGCAACUUCACCAGCAAUUACAUCUCCAACGUUAAAAUGUCCCCCACAACCCACACAGGUCACAAUACUAACUUCAACCCCCGCUGUAAAUGAGCCGACAUCAAUUUAUCGCAAGGAUGGCUUAAAGCAUGGACCGCAAGAUGAAACGGGGGGCAGUAGAUCAAAUAUUGACCCAAAUGGUAUGUACGAAGAUGCCCAAAACGCAGUGAUUUCAUCAAGCAGCGACGACAAACCUAAUUCGUUUCAAUUUGGAACGGCACCUCAGCAUUACCCAAUUGGCAUGGGUUUAACUUCACAGCACCUCAAAAAGUCAAAGCUAAUGUUCUUCUACACAAGAUACCCAUGCGUUACAACAUUAAAAUCUUAUUUUAGUGAUGUUCAGUUUUCUCGUGCCACCACUUCACAACUGAUCAAAUGGUUUAGCAACUUUCGAGAGUUUUAUUACAUGCAAAUGGAACGCUUCGCACGACAAGCACUUGUUGACGGUAUAACAGAGGCAGAACAGAUAUUGGUUGGUCGGAAUAGCGAAGUCUUUCAUAUACUUAACAUUCACUAUAACAAGAGCAACGAUUUUGAGGCGCCGCAACAUUUUCUUGACGUCGUGACCAAAACUAUUCGUAAUUUUUUUACCAACAUAAAGUACGGAAAAGAUAAUGAAGCUGGCUGGAAAAAAGUAAUUUAUAAAGUAAUCUGCAAACUUGAUCAAGAUAUCCCAGAAAUAUUCAAAUCACCGAACGUCUUGAAUUGUCUUGGCCACACAAAAACUUAUACGGCCUAGUUUUUAUAGCUUCAGGCAGUAAAAGCAAUGUUGUGGAUUGCGGCAUAUUUACUGCUGUGUCCGCAGUCAACGUAUUUUAAUGUUGAUAAUUAUGCCCGCUUAUUCGAAACUCUUAACAUAGGUGGUUUUGCUUGUUAUAACCAAUAACUUCAUAUGCACCGCGUGUCCGCUUGCGACUUACAUAGCAGCAUGCAACUUUUCUUUUUCUUUUUAUCGCACUUGUCUUUAAACUGUAAAUAGCUCGCAAGAGAAAACGUCCAAAAUAUCCCCUUGUCGCACUUCUGCUGAUUAUGCAAAGUCAAAAACUUUUUUCUGCCGUAAUAUUUUAACCAAAUGAACCUGUCUUUCCUGUUUCCUUGUUUCCCUCAACACUGUUUCUGCUAUACAUAUAGUAGGAAGGGGGAAGACGGGACAUCUUUAGCACAUAUAUAUCGAAAAAUCUUGAACCUGUUAUUACAACGGUCUAUGGGAAUCAUGUGGAUACGGUUUUGUAAUUCUUUAAAUGUUUUUUUGUUUACUACCAAAUGGGACGAGAAAAAAGCAUGAAAAGGUGUUCCAUCUUCUCCUUACUAGAUAUAUCUAAAGUUUCAAAAUACAGAACAAAGUAAUUAUUAAAAUAAAAUAGCUAGAAUAAAUGUUUUACUGAGUUCGGCAUAAAACUAGGAAGUGAGUGAUAAAGAUGACGCUGAGGUCUUUACGCUGAACAGCAAAACGUGUCUUGUUGUUGAGUGUUUAAAUAGUUAUUGCACUUGACGUAUUUUCAUCAAGUUCGGUUUUAUGCCCCGGUUUAUCUAUGCCGUAUGACCGUAACAGUUUAAUUUUCCCUCUCCCGGUAUGGUAAUCGUUGAGUUCCUCGUUCCGAGCAGCAAAUACACAAUUGACAGG